AUGCCGGUGGACAAGGAUGUGUACCCGGAGAGCGAAACCAAGACUCCCGUCCGGGUGAACAAGUCCGGCCUGCCAGAUGUCGCCGACCUGCUCUUUAAGGUCUUCUAUCAUGCGGUGGACAGGCCGGUCACUUUCUUCCACGACUGGAUGGAACGUCAGCGAGCCAAGAGAAAAAGCUAUUACUACCACCGGGUGUUCCAGCGUGUUCCGGACCUGUCCCAGUGUCUAGAAGAUGAUCUCAUGUGUCAGUACGAAGCUGAAAUGCAAUGGAGGAGAGACUUCAAAGUCGAUUGUGAAAUUAAGAAAAUUUUUCAAGGACGGUAUACAGCAUGCCUCAGGAGAGAGGGUGAGAACGCCACUUACAACUGUGCCCAGGUGAAGGAGCAGUACGCCCAAGUCUCCAGAGGUUUUAAAUCCAGAUAUGAGUACCUCGGAGCCAAUGGCAAUGCUAGGAAAUGCCUAAUGAAGCAGAAGGAAAGGAUGAUUGAAGAGAGGAUGGCUGCCGCAGAUGGCCAGACUGAAUAA